CCAGCACCGGAUGGGAAAUCAGUUCGAUUGCCAUUUUCAAGUAGGCCUGUGCUAAGGCCUGCCGAGGCGAAUGAAGAGGGCUUAACUGAGCGGCUCGUCGGCGAAGCGCUAGCGCUAGGAAGGUAUAUGGACGAACGUGUGGUCGAAGCUGCACGAAGGGAAAUUGCCGAAGGUAGACUUUAA